UCGCGAGCGACAGACUCGCUGCGGAGCUCCGUGAUUGGCUCAAUCACAUGCCAGUUUAUUUAGAGCCGCCGUUUCCCGCCAUCGCCCCCCUUAACGCGUGAGCGCGCACAUCAGCAUACGCCAUUAAUUUAUAAACCGAAUUAAGACGUCCUCUCCAGCCGUCAUGGCAGUCAGGCUGUGUGAUGUGGCUUCUCUUCUGAGAAGCGGCUCGUGGGCAGCCGAGCCGUGGACUGGGCAGGUGAUCGCUGCCAUGGAGACGCAGCUGUCCAACGGGCCGAGCUGUACCACCAGCAAUGGCCCCAACAGCGUCUCUAACAACUGCACGUCACCUGUGGAGAUGCCCAACGGCACAGAGGACAGCAAAACCAACCUGAUUGUGAACUACCUGCCGCAGAACAUGACACAAGAGGAGCUCAAGAGUCUGUUCGGCAGCAUCGGAGAGAUUGAGUCCUGCAAACUUGUGCGGGACAAAAUAACUGGUCAGAGUCUGGGUUAUGGCUUUGUCAAUUACGCCGAACCCAAAGAUGCAGAGAAAGCUAUCAACACUUUAAACGGCCUCCGGCUGCAGACUAAGACUAUCAAGGUGUCUUAUGCACGACCGAGUUCGGCCUCCAUCCGUGAUGCUAAUCUGUACGUGAGCGGUCUUCCUAAAACUAUGACCCAGAAAGAGCUGGAGCAGCUGUUCUCUCAGUACGGCCGCAUCAUCACCUCCAGGAUCCUCGUGGAUCAGGUCACGGGCGUGUCCAGAGGUGUGGGGUUUAUUCGAUUUGACCGGCGUGUUGAGGCUGAGGAGGCGAUUAAAGGGCUGAAUGGACAGAAACCACCAGGUGCCACUGAGCCAAUUACAGUGAAGUUUGCCAACAACCCCAGUCAGAAGAGCAGCCAAGCGCUGCUGUCCCACCUGUACCAGUCACCCAACAGACGCUACCCAGGACCACUGGCGCAGCAGGCCCAGAGAUUCAGGCUGGAUAAUCUGCUUAACAUGGCAUAUGGAGUCAAGAGUAGAUUCUCACCCAUGACCAUUGACGGGGUCACCAGCCUAGCAGGCAUCAAUCUCCCGGGUCACGCCGGCACGGGCUGGUGUAUUUUUGUGUAUAAUCUGGCGCCAGAUGCCGACGAGAACAUCCUCUGGCAGAUGUUUGGCCCGUUUGGUGCUGUGACUAAUGUAAAGGUCAUACGAGACUUCAACACAAACAAGUGCAAAGGAUUUGGCUUCGUGACCAUGACAAACUACGACGAGGCUGCUGUGGCAAUCGCCAGUUUGAAUGGGUACCGGCUUGGGGACCGGGUUUUACAGGUCUCCUUCAAGACAAACAAAACACACAAGGCCUGAUUGAGUGACAUUACGCAAACUUGACUUUAUAUAAAUGACAGGAAAUAUUUCAUGAAUUUUUUUUUUUUUUUUUGGUUUGUUUUUGUUUGCUUUCUUAAAAUAGUUUACGUUUUAAAACAUGCGUUUAAAGAUUUAAGUAGAAUAACAGCUGACUGUUUAAGUGUAUUUAUUUUGGUAUAUAAUGUUGAAGAUGACCUCCAUGAGGCUGAGAUGGAGAGCUUUCCCGUGUUGGUGUUCCCAUCUCUCCUCAUGAGCCUCUGUGUUGCAGUCCACUACAUGUGUGUACAUGAAUCUUUAGUUGAACUUUUUUAAUUUUCUUUGUGCUAAUGGCAAUCUUUAUGUUAAAUAUUUAAAUAAGUAUAAAACAAGAUGUACGUUUUUUUGUUUUUGUUUUGUUUCUUUGUUUUUCUUUUUGAAGUAAUUUGAGUUUGUUUUUAUUGUUCAGUACAUCAAUAAAUAUGUUGA